AUUACGGCAAUAAAUGCAUUAGGGUUAGGUGUUGAUGAUCUGAACGUGCGGUUGGUCGUGUAUGGAGGCAUACCGCGGCAGUUGGAUAAUUUCGUGCAGGAGAGCGGGCGAGGUGGGCGAGAUGGGCGGAAGAGUGAGUCAGUAGUCACCGAUCAGGGGCAGCAGGGUCAAGGUCAGGGUUUAGACGAGCAGGAGAAGCAGGAUGAGUGGGCAUGGGAUAGGGAUAUGAUUGAGUUCGUGGAGGGUAAGCGUUGUCGUCGAGAGGUAUUAGAUCGUGAGAUGGAUGGGAACGUCGAUCGAGUCGGGUGUGCAGAAGGAGAAGAGGUAUGUGAUGUAUGCUGGGAGCAGCAGCAGCAGAUGACGAGGAAUACGGGCGAGGCAGAGGCAGCAGAGGUGGAGAUGGAGUUUGGGGCAUUAAGUGAUAUAGAGGAGGUUAUAAAGGAGACUAUGGUAGAGUGGGAUUAUAAGAAGAGUUAG